AUGAUGGCACUGCCCCCACCUGGAAUGCUGCUGGCUGCAGUGGUAGUAGCCCCCUGGGUCCUUGUACUCGUUGUUCUUGUCUGGAUGUUAUUGCGUGGUCUCACCUGCUCAGUUCCUCUUGCUGCUCGCUCUCUGAAAGGGACGAAGCAGCUUCGUGUGGGAUUCUUGCAUCCGGAUUUCGGGAUUGGUGGGGCGGAAAACCUCGUUGUGAAUGCAGCGGUCGCUCUACAGCGGCGGGGAGCUCGUGUCACCGUAUUUACGGCUCACCAUGAUAUCAGCCAUUGUUUCGAAGAGACUCGUGGGGACGGACGGUUGGCUGCCCACGUACGCGUCCAUGGGGAUUGGCUGCCACGCACCAUAGGAGGCAAGCUCUACGCGUUCUGUGCGGUGCUGCGUGUGCUGUUUGUGACACUUUGUGUGGCAAUGUACUAUCGAGACGACCUCGACGUGUUUGUGGUCGACCAAGUAUCGAUCUCUGUCCCCUUUUUGCGUGCCAUGGGCAAGCCCGUGCUUUUCUAUGGCCAUUUUCCGGACAAGCUCCUGUGUAUUCGUUCGAACUCGCUCUGGAAGCGUAUCUAUCGUCUACCGCUCGACUUGUUGGAGGAAAUCACGACAGCUUCGUCGGACAUUAUCGUGACGAACAGCAAGUUCUCGCGUGGGGUUUUCCAAGACGUUUUCCCACGCCUGCAGACAAAGAAGCUGGGGAUUCUUUACCCACCAGUAGAUGUCAAAGCUUAUAGUGCCACUGCCGAGGAUAGCGUGGAACGAGACGCAGGUUUGUUUGUGUCGCUGAACCGUUUUGAGCGGAAAAAGAAUGUAGCAUUAGCUAUCGAGGCAUUGGUGGAGCUGCGCAAGAUCAUUACCAGUGAGAAGUUCCAGCACAUCAAGCUGAUCGUGGCUGGCGGGUAUGAUCCGCUAAACACGGAGAACAAGGAGCAUCUGAUUGAACUUCAAGAAGUGGUGGCUAAGCACGCUUUAGAGGAGCACGUGGAGUUCCGCACAUCAGUUUCGAACUCCAUGAAGCUUGAGCUGCUGCGCAAGGCUCAUGCCAUUCUGUAUACGCCCGACCGUGAGCACUUUGGCAUCGUUCCCGUCGAGGCCAUGGCAUGUGGUACUCCUGUCAUCGCAGUGAGCUCUGGUGGUCCAUUAGAGUCCAUCGUUGACGGUGAAACCGGGUUCUUAUGCGAGCAGAAGCCGCAAGCAUUUGCUAAAGCCAUGGCAGAGCUGUGCGGGCAUAAACACAGCACCAGAGUUGGCGAGAUGGGUGCUAACGGUAGACAACGCGCUUCGAAGCUCUUUUCGCUCGAAACUUUCGGCGACACUCUGCUUGAGCUGGUACAUCAGGCGGUGUAUGGUGAGAAGGUAGCAUAA